CUGCCCAAGCAAAUGGCUCACGCCUCUUCCGCCACGCGUCCGCCGACACGGCUCAUCCCGCGAUGCAAACGGCGCCGUUUCGUACCUUCCCGCGGGGUUUCCGCCUUUCAUUUCUUGCCGACUUGACUUCCGAAGAACGUUCGUUAUCCUCCGCCGAUCAUUUCUACCGUUUCCCCCGCUCCUCCGCCGCCAGAAAUUCCAGUAUGGAUCUCCGCGAGUUGAUCGCCAGCCAAACCGACGUCGCUUUGUCACUCUCCAAGCAAGUCCUGCUGACGACCGAAGCCAAGAACUCCAACACCGUGCUCUCCCCGCUGUCGAUCCACGUCGUGCUGAGCCUCAUCGCCGCCGGCUCCAAGGGGCCCACUCAGGGUCAGUUGCUCUCUUACCUGAAGACCAAGUCCGGUGAACACCUCAACGCCUUCUCUUCCGAGCUCGUCUCCGUGGUUCUCGCCGACGGAAGCGGUGCUGGAGGUCCGAGCUUGUCUUUCGCUAAUGGGGUCUGGGUGGACAAGUCGAUCUCUCUCAGGCCUUCUUUCAAACAGGUUGUGGACAAUGUGUACAAGGCUGCUUCUGAUCAAGUUGAUUUCCAAACCAAGAAGGCUGCUGAAGUAGCUAAUGGAGUAAAUGCAUGGGCUGAGAAACAGACCAAGGGGGUUAUCAAGGAAGUUCUUCCUUCCGGUGCAGUUGACAACACCACUAAGCUCGUUUUUGCCAAUGCCCUCUACUUCAAAGGUGCUUGGAAUGAGAAGUUUGAUGCAUCGGCUACCAAGGACCAUGAUUUCCACCUCUCGAGUGGAAGCUCAAUCAAAGUCCCAUUCAUGACCAGCAAGAAGAAGCAAUUUGUUUCCCAGUUCGAUGGUUUCAAGGUCUUGGCCCUUCCUUACAAGCAAGGUGAAGACAAAAGACGGUUCUCAAUGUACUUCUUCCUUCCCGGCGUCAAAGACGGUUUACCUGCAUUGGUCGAGAAAGCAGGCUCUGAGUCUGGUUUCUUGAACCGCCACCUCCCGCAGCAGAAGGUAGAGGUGGGUGAGUUCAGGAUUCCAAGGUUCAAAAUUUCCUUUGGAUUCGAGGCUUCCAACACCUUGAAGGGAUUAGGCUUGGUUUUGCCCUUCUCUAACGAAGCUGACUUGACCGAGAUGGUGGAAUCCUCUGUCGUUGGAAGCAACCUGAGUGUGUCGAGCAUAUUUCACCAAUCUUUCAUCGAAGUGAACGAACAAGGCACCGAAGCCGGAGCUGCUUCUGUUGGUGUCAUAGCACUGAGAGGUUUGCCAGCUGAGAAGAUCGACUUUGUAGCUGAUCACCCAUUCAUGUUCCUGAUUAAAGAGGAUCUGACCGGAAUGGUGCUGUUCAGCGGCCACAUUGUCGAUCCAUCACAGGCUUCUUAGAAUCUUUCCAAUACAAGUGAUGGACAUGUUUUGUAUGUAUAUCCAGCCUAACUAGUGAUGCAUUUACUAAAUAAUGUUUCCUUUUGUGUCAGGAUUGCUCGCAUAAUUACGUUUUGAGUGCUGUAACAACCACUGUUGAGCGUGAAUUUUGGUGCUCUGUCUGUAUUAGCCUUGUUGUAGUAGCUAUUUGAGUGCAAUAUGAUUUAGACGUUUAUACGUAACAGCUUUGAUUAUUGAGAUGACCUAUGGCAGAUAAUAUUAACAAAGACUACGCAAUAGAGAAU